AUGAAAAAUCUUGCCGAGAAUAGUGCGAUCUUUACGACAGUGAGCACAUGUGAGCAUAAAAUCAAUGGAGGUCCUAAGCAUUUGCCACGGGAAAUUUUGAAGGAGUGUACAUUGAAAGGAGUACAAAGAAGCCUUCAACAUCGCACAUGGAUUUUACAAAAUGAAAUCGACAGUGGCGAGAUUCAAGGAGUCAACAAAAUGAGUCAUGGUUACAGCAGCGAAAGAAAAGAAGUUUUUAGAGCAUGCCAAUCCGUUUCGAGCUAG